CCUGUUUAUAAUUGUUAGCCAGGUCGUCAUGCCGCUAAUCGCGCAUGAUACGUUGCAUGCGCCACGUACCGUUAGAUUUUGGACGGCCUCACAAGCCCCUGUUUUGCGCCCGAGUCCUACAUGUACAUAGAUCAGGUAUCUUCAGGAAACCCACCAUGGCAACUGGUCCUCCAAGUUCGUCCAGUGAGCAUGUUGUGAACAUGACCAAUGGGGGCGGACAAGACAGGCCGACAGAAACAGGGAAGACGGUGCCAAAGUACCACCUACCAAUGCUUGCACAGUUCAGUAUUGGUGUGGCAGGCAUAUUUUUCUUCUACCUGAUCUACGGAUACGUCCAGGAGUUGUUUUUCAGAGAGCCUGAACGGAAGCCUUUUGGAUGGUAUCUGACUCUAGUUCAGUUUGCCUGUUACACUUUGCUUGCUUCAGUUGAGAUGAAGUGGAAGGGCUGUCAACCACGAAGCAUUCCCCUGAAGACCUACGUAUUCCUGGCAUUUCUGACAGUGGGUACAAUGGGCAUGUCCAAUUCCUCUGUGGGAUAUCUUAACUAUCCCACCCAGGUCAUCUUCAAGUGCUGCAAGCUGAUCCCAGUCAUGAUUGGAGGUGUUCUCAUACAAGGGAAGAAAUACGGUCCGAUCGAUGUCAGCGCGGCCCUGUGUAUGAGUGUGGGUCUGAUCUUUUUCAUACUUGCCGACAGCACUGUGUCACCAAACUUCAACCACACAGGUAUCCUUAUGAUCUCCACUGCAUUAUGUGCUGACGCAGUCAUCGGAAAUGUCCAAGAAAAGGCCAUGAAGACUUAUGAAGCCAGCAACAAUGAAGUAGUACUCUACUCCUAUGCCAUCGGCUUCUUCUACAUCCUGUUUUAUCUCUUUGUUAACGGAAACUUAUUUAGUAGCUUUUGGUUUUUCUAUGAGCAUCCCACAGAAACAUAUGGUUAUGCGUUUCUCUACGGAUUAUCUGGUUUCUUUGGGGUUUCGUUCGUGCUGUCAAUGAUCCGAACAUUUGGAGCUUUGAUGACAGUUACAGUUACAACUUGUCGCAAAGCAGUCACCAUAGUAUUAUCCUUUGUGUUCUUCACAAAGCCGUUCACGAUGCAAUAUGUAUGGUCAGGACUUUUGGUUCUCCUUGGCAUCUUUCUCAAUGUCUACAGCAAGAACCGACAUAAGAUAAACAACCUUCUUUCUGACAGUGUCCGUCGACUCAUUAUCUGCCUCCAGCAAAGGGAAUCCAAGGUGCAGCACCAGACUAUGGAAGUAUGAUCACGUGUACUUUGGCCACCCGUGAAAUGAGAAGCUUCGUUUCAGGAGAGAGAAAUUCAGACAGGAUAAAGGCUGGUUUGUACUUGGCGUAAAAAUGAACGUGAACAGGAAAUUGUGACACCACACCAAACAUUCACGCUUGGAAUUUGCAAAGUUGAACACGUUUCAGCGCCAACAAAUUUUGCUGUAAAUGUUCUGUGACAUCAAAUUUGCUUUGUUUUCAAGCAAAUAUGCAAGCAAAGUAUGAGCCAGCUGUAAGGGAAAAAGACUGUCAACAGAGAUCUGGGCAGGGGCAGAUCCAGGAAUUUUACGGGGGGAGGGUAAGGGGUGUUAGGCCAGUAAUUUUUGAAUGUCUCAUUUUUGUGGAUAAACAGAAAUGAUGCUGAAACAUACAUGACAAACAUAGUUUACAGUGGUAUUAUUGCACUUAUUUAGGUAUUUUUAAUUUUUCCCAUUUCCCCCUUUUUUUCGCUCAGGGUGGGGGGAUUCAACCCCCAGCCCCCCUCCCCCGGAUCCAUGCCCGCUGGGGUAGUGCAGGCAGUCAACAUUCUUGUGUGAUCUCCUUGUCUUUCAAAGGCCAAAUAUAAUUGAAAGUAAAGCAAAGUGCUUCAUUUUCUUCAAAACUCUUUGUUAAAAACUAUCAGAAAUUAAGGUUUAAGAUGCAUGCUCACAUUGUCCUUGUCAGUAUCAAAGAAAAAGCAGCAUUUCAUACCAAGAGUUGGGGAAUGAUAUCAGAGAAACAUUUGGUUGUAGUGUGUCCUCUUCAAGUUUUCUUGCAGCACUCAGUGUAUGUAUAUUUGCAUCUUUACAAGAACGUGGACUGCACAUGUGUGGUACACCCUUAUAUUUGGCUAAACUCCCCGUGAAGGUUUUGAGAGAGCCUUCCUCUUUAUUCCCCACUUGUUAAGGAUUCCUAACACAAGAAGAAAGUUGCAAAUACUUAAGCUCUUUGAACUAACUAUAACUCUUUCACCACUAAAAAGAUUUGUUCUUGUUUGUUUCAACCUGUUAACUUGUUUUUGAUUUAACAAUGGGAUGGUAAGCGGAAAGUAACAGAAAGAUUUUUCCAUCACUUAGUAGAGGUACCUGCACUUGAGAACUUUCAUCGUGGUCAGAAAUCAUAUCACUGACUCAAAUCACAUUCAAUUACCAUAGAAACAGACAAAUAAUUUCAUUUGUCGGGGUGCAGGUAGUUAAAUGUCUAUCCCACAGAUGGAGUAACUUUUGCCAGAAAUUGUGCCAUUUAUUUGCUUUUUAUUCAUGUUAUUAUUGCGUACCUGCACAGGCAAAUCUGAUCCAGGGUGAAAAUAUAGAAAUGCACUUCACCCAAUCGGCCAUGUUUUUGUAAAUUAGUUGUUUCGAUUGGUCUGGAACUUUUUUCACCCGUUUUAAUUUUUAAAUAUUUUUUAAUGUUUUAUAAAUUCCCAUAGAGGAGGGAAAGUGUUUGGUUCUUAGUAGUUCCUUGCUGUCUUGCAACAAGCGGGACAAAAAUAUCAAUUGAUUCUUAAUCAUUUUGAUUUUUUAAAUUGAUUCCUCUGUAGUGGUGAUUUUCAUCAUUACGUUGUAAAUGACUCCACCAAUAGAAUUAAAACUUUUACGUCAUCUGCAAAAAAAGGCUUUUUCCUCUGAAGUGUUGAUUUCUCUCAGGGGAAAACAUGCUUGGCCGCGGAAUAUGUAUAACAUACUUGUUCACAAGGGUUUAUAAAAAUGCUUGCCUUUGCAAAAACCUAGGCCUAGGGGCAGUUUCUUUUCAAAUUGACUAUUACUGAUAAUGAAACAGCAGAUUUGAAAAAGCCAGUUGGCAUGGUUCACCCAAAAAUUUGUUGAACUCUAGGAUAGAGGUGAUACCUUGCCACCAAAAAUGAGGAUGUCGAGCACUGUUUGUACUCAUUCCGCAAACCUGAAGCGUCCUUUAAGGAUGAUAAUGGCUGUGUCCAAAUCAUUUAUAUGUGGCUAGAAAACACACAUGACCCUAUGGACAGUGGCUGUAUCCAUUGUCAUAGACUCAUGCAUAACGUCAUCCCAGGGUUCAUGCUAUUUAGCGUCAAUGAGCGUCAGCAAAGCAUCGUGAAUUUUUUCUAUUUUCCUGCGAGAAUCUGGAAGCUAAUUCGGUGUCUCUCUUACACAGUGGCAGGUGUUAGAGUCUCUAAAAUAUGAUAAAACCACUUUUAAAUCUUUGGAUUGAAUGCAUUUUCAAGUUGUUGAUGCUUUGUUGACGCUCCCUGUGUGUGUUGAUGCUAAAUAGCAUGACGGCAUCCAAGUAAUUGAGACAACCUGUGCUAUGUCAUUCACCUUCUUGAAAAUCAUGGUCGAGAUUCAAGAAUGUAGUCAUUUGGUCUCAAGGACCCCCAGUCAUAACCCUUCCCACAAUCGUGAGGAAAUCUGAAAUAAUUUCUAACCUAAGUAAACGUUUGAAUGUUUUCUUUGAAAUUAUCAUUUUGUGAUCGAGAGGGUAGAUUGCACAAUCACUUAGUUUAUACUUUUGUUUAGAGACAUUCAUGCUUAAUUGGCCUGCAGAAAGUUUAUUUUUGUACAAACUUGAUACAUGUAUGUUUUGUAAAAUAUUUUCUUGCUAUUUAUGGGUGAAGGCCAGAAUUCUUUUAAUUUUAUUUAGAAAUAAACUUAAAACUAAUAAAUGUUGCAAAUAAUAAAUAAAUGUGAUCUGAA